AAACUCCUUCCGGUCGCUGGGGCGAGGUCUGACUUCCACGAAAAAACCUUAGGAGUAGAUGCUCCAUCCAUUGCCGAGAUUCCAGCGAACAACAACAAACUCAUGUUCGAGCAAUUGAAGGUGGUUGACCGGAAAAUGGAAGACCAGCUGGCACAGAUGUGGCGUGACCUGGACAGAAGCGACGCUACUUCAGUAACACAACUGCCCAGAGGUUUUUGUACUAGUAGCAGUAGCUCCACGACCAAUCCCGGAGGUUCUUUCAAAAGUACUAUCGACGACUUGGCAAAGAAAAUAGCAGACGCAGCAGUAGAAAAAAUUGAUGUUCCCGAUCUAUAUCAUCCAGUUGCUGAUGCUGCACCAGUAGAAGAAGCUGUGGUUCCCCCCGGGCCGAAAAAGAGGCCGUUUCUCGAGAUGAAGGCAGUCAGUGCAGAAGCUUCCGAAGAAGAAGGCACUAUUGACGCUCGCUUAUUUCUUGGGAGGACCACGAAGAGCAGAAGAUCAAACGGCGGCAGCUGUAGCAGUAGCGCGGCUUCGUCCAGUGCCGCUGCAGCUCCUGGCUCCACAACUUGCAUUACUACGAGCUCCCUGGGCGGUACUGUUGCUCCGUCUGAAAAAGAAACUGCUUCAUCCUCAUCUUCUCCGCCUAGCCCUGCAGAUCAUGAUAAGCAGACGGUCAAGAACGAGAAGCUUCAGGAACAAAGUGAUGAGCUGCCCUAUUUGGUUCUGGACUCUUCUCCUUUGCAGUUACAGGGUGAAGCAGUAGAGCUCUUGCAAUAUCCGCCUCCCCAACAGAAGGAAGGCGAUGCCUUUGCAGCGCGAAAUAAAGCCCGCGCUGUGCAGUUGGACACACUGGUGAAAAAUUAUGCGGACCAAUUUCUUCCAGUUCCACAGGCACAGUUUAUUUCCCCGACUAUAUCGCCUCCCUCUACAACUUCCGAUGAAAAUGGGAGCACAAGAACUACACCACGCGCUAGUACAGUAGGGAACUACCAGGAUGAAAACACCUCUGCUUUUUCGGGUCUGACGAAGAAAAAGAUCGUGCAAGCAGUUCUGGAUGGUUUCGAUCGGAUGUUUUGGAAAAAUGAAAAGGAAACGUUGAGAACUUUGACCUUAUCCCGCAUCCCCGAAACCGACAAGCAGCUUGCGAGGGCGCAGGAAGAUUUACGGAACUUGAAAAUAGAGCAGAUGCGCGCGGAAAGAAAAAUGAAGAAGCGGCUCGCCCUGAACUCUUGCAAGCGCAGGUUUGUGGAUACGGUUAUUGGAGGGAGCAGCGGAGGAACUGCUCCUGCUUCACGGGAAAGUUUUGCCGUCGAGGGACGACGAGGAGGUGCGCCAUCUUCAAGCGGGGUACAAAGGAACCCAGGUUCUUGUGAUGAACCAAAUCCCGAACAAUCAAGAAGCGGCCCACCACAGAACAACAAGCGCAAGAGGUUCUCCACGUGGUCGUCGUUGCCUGAUAUUACUAUUCUGGAACUACAGAAGAUGGGUGCUGUUUUUUCUGGGCUGCUGCCGAACGCCGAGCUUUUGCCGGCGCAGGUUGGUCCGCGACAAGUGCUCGGGGUCCCGCCUGCUCCUGCGAGGCGUUAUUCGACACCAAAACUACACGAAGAAGGAGGAACUGGAACUUCUACUUCUUCCGGAGCAGUUUUUUAUUCCUCCCGGAUUGACGCGCAGGAGCGGCUUUUGGUCCAGCUCGAGGCGAAGAAAAAAUCAAUUGAGACGGAAAAGCGGAGAAUUGAAGAGGGAUUGAAACUUCUUAACCCAUUAGGUGCAAGAGUCUGCCAAGUCUACUUGCAGCCGGGCCGUUUUUGGAAGAUGUGCGAGAAAUCAGUCGAUCGGGAAGGGGUGCUGGAGCCGUGUAGGGAUUUUGUGACCACCUGUCUCGAGUUGGGAUUUUGGAAGGAUUUUGAGUGGAACGAUGCGGAGGUGGAUGAGAAACAACAACAGGGAGCUGCUGAUAAAAAAGUGGAGCAGAGAAAAGUACAAGCACAGGACGGUUCAGAAGUAGACGAAGGAGCGGGCGAGGAAGAGCCGGCUCGGAAAAAGCGUAGAACUUUUGAUGAAAUAAAUGACGCGGGGGCGGGAAGUAGUAGUGAGUCUAGUUCCACUUCUUCUAUCGUCGGUCAAGUACUAGAACAGGAACACGACGAUGAAGCAGCCGCAGCAAUAAAGGACGUAGAGCUGCACAAAAAUCCCGUACUACAACCGAUGGACACAACGAUGACUGAUGAAGAGGACAGUGGUGCGAUAAAAAAGACUGCAUCGAACUACACAGCACCGAAUCUUAUCUUCGGUCCUAGCGGUCGAGUGCAAACGGGAAAGGCUCCUGGUAAGGCGGAACCGGAAGACCCGCCGUUUAGCGCCAGCGCAACGACUGCUGGUGGUGGAAAUGCAACCGGCAAAAGGAACCCCGUGAAGCAAAACGCGCGGAAACACCUCUGGGAGACGAUUUUUCUGAGGACGUUGAAGCUGCGGAUAAGACUGCUGAAGGAUUUCGCCGAAACGGAUGCAGUGUCGCUUGUCAAUUGGCAGGAUGUGGCCGAAAACCAUUCCGGAAAAUUUCCGGAUGCGGACGAGCGGAGGCAUGCACAACAGGUCUUGGAAAGACUGUCAUCGAGUUCUUCUGUUGCUGGCGCGGCUACCAGUACAGAACAUGCUGCGGCUGAACGAAGUGGUCCAAAGGAGGACACCACGGGAGCACUAGAAGGUGACAAACUUAUGAUGCAAACGGAACACGAACAAACUGUACCAACUCCUGUCGAGAAAGACGCUGUCGACUUGGCUUCUCCUUCUGCUUCCGAUCCGCAAGCGGAUAUCUGCAGAUCUCUUCUCCCCAAAGGACCAGGAACAACGCUCCCAGACCUUCUGGUCUUCGCGCGUAAGAAGUAUCGUGAACGGCCGCAGCCAGCUACAACAGGUUCUGUGCAUUUCCCUUCGACAGGAGCAUCAUCUACGACUGAGCCUACUAUUUACCACGUCGCUUCUCCCGCGGCCGUUGUAGAUCCUGCUCCUUCUCUUUCCAAAAACAACUGGCAAACCGAAAAGCGAAACCGCGGCACGAACGAGCUGGAUGCUUUGGAGCGUUUACUGGAAGACUUCUCUUGUGAAAAAGACGCGGAACGACCAAGCUUCGCGGGACUCCGAAACCGGGCCGAUGACUACUUUCUGGGCAACACGCACUUGUUACAAGACCCAGAUGCAGAAGCAGCGGGCGAAAAUUUGUCAAAGGAAUGGAAGUCGUACCAGAUGCACAUCCCGCACGAACGAAUAACGUACAGCAUUGGCCUCUCCGGCGCAGGAGAUUUGCCUUGGUGGUACCGCCGGGAAGACAGCUUCGCUGCAGUUACGCCGGACGAAGAGGAAAAGCGCCAGAAGGCAGAGCAGGAAAAGCGGUCGAAGUUGGAGCAGGAAAGUGGCGAGAAAUUCGUUGCAGACUACGAAUUCGAGCCCAGAGAGUUUCCGAACAAGUUUGGCGGCGGGCCCGUGGAAAAGAUGGAGGCGAUUCCAGAGGCAACAUCUGGCAUUUUUCGUGCGGUGGGAUCGUUGUUACGCCGUCCCUUGUGGUUUGAUAAACGGAGCGGCAGCAAAGAGGAAAACGGAAAAACUGUCGUGAAGCAGCUGGAGGUUAGGUAGUGGACCUAUUGUAAUCGUUCAUCUGAUGAAAGCUGCAAGCUGCAUUACCUCCAUUCCAAGAACUUACUUUUGUAAAACGCAGACGCACCAGACUCUUGACAGACCAAAUUGCCUUCUUUUUUCGAACGUAAACGUAUUCCACUUCUACUAGUACUACUCUUGUAAGUAGUCCUGGACGCGGAUGCAUUCGUUCCCUUUCUGCCAAAAGCAGCCCAUACUCUUCUGUGAAAGCCAAAAAAUCGCAAACUAUGUAUGAUAGGCAUAAACCGUUACUUGUACUAAAUGGGCGACAUUGAUGGCCUUCACCGUUGCAGCUUUUUGAAAACGGCUAGGGUAACAAUCAAGCGUCAUGAAAUAUAUAACAGUAUGAACCUUUAGAAGUAGCGGCCCCGUUGCGAUGUUGACAUGCGUGACGAUAUUAAAGUACUUUGUUUUCUGAUGGAAAACAGCUCAACAACUGUAAAAUGAAAAGGACAUCAAAAGACUUCUUCAUGUAAGAUUCAGCUAAAAUCAGUCGCCCUCAUCAUGUUGCAUGAGCAAUGACCGCGGCUAGACUCCGUUCGAAAAAUUCGUACUCUCGUUGAAUAUACGAUAGCUGAACUUUUAUUUGUAGACCCACUAGAUUUUGUAUGAUUCAGAUGUGGUAGCACUGGCUGUACAAUCAGUGAAUUCAAAAUGUAUCUUUUUUUAUGAAUUGUAAAAUACUUACUCUUGAGGGCAACUUCAUCACACGACCAAAGACUCGCUUCGAUUCAUCUACUGCUUCGUGAACAGUACUAUGCAGUGCUAAGGCUCGGAAUCUUCUUCUGCAUGGAAAAAAAGAAUAACUAUCGUAC